AUGGGAGGCUUGACACUGACGAAUCGAUUCAAGAUCUAUGAAACAGCGCCACCUGAAGGGAGAAAUAAGUUCAGAUACACACACGACGUGCCAGUCCCGCGAGGACAGCCCCUACAGAUCAAAGAACUUACGAUUUCACAUCUCGCCAACUACAAUGACAGCAGACUUGUUAGGUCCCGCGCUUGGACGCGGCUUCUCCGUUUGCCAACCCUCAUCGAUCUGAAAUUGCUCUUUGGAGAAAACCGUAUGCGUGAGGGGACCCUCCUUUCUACCACUAAGUACGACUUCCUCAACGUUCUGCCGUUAAUGUGGUUUAGCCUUUUUAAAGUCCGGGAAUUUGCUGUAGUCCAGAAACUACAAGUAUUAUCUCUAUCCUACACCAACUACUGGGGACAGUGCCCAAGAGUGGACCUCGCCCAAUUGGGCGACUUGCCAGCCCUCAAAGUGCUGGCUCUUGGGCGGUAUGUCUUUACUGAUAAGGAUCAAACAGACUGGAUCGCAUCUCUGGGGAGGAAUAACAAGAGCGGCGGACUGGAAGAGCUUUAUCUCGAUGAUUGCUGUGUCUUAUUUCAGGCCAAGCAGUAUGUGGAUUUGACAUCAGUUUUGGACACUAUCCUAGACCAGAACACCCCUAUGGAAACAGUCUUGUAUAGCAGAAGAUGA